AUGGCGCAUAUUCCUCUCCCCUACAAUGCAUUCUUCCUCUGGAUCGAGCCCGUCGCAACUCUAGUUGGUGCAUACUAUGCCUGGCUCAAACCACAAACAUAUCUGCACCUGACGCACGCGGCCUCCGCGCCAGGGGUGUUGGGUAUCCCUAUCGCAACGAACGUUGCCCUGCGCCAGCUCGGUAAUUUGUACGUCGCCUUCGCUAUCAAUGAAGCCCUGGUGCUGAGAGCAACAACCGACUUGAGAGUGUGGCGCGCUCUGCUGCUCGGUCUUCUAAUAGCCGAUUUUGGUCAUCUGUACAGCUGCUUCCCGCUGGGACUGAAAUCAUAUUAUGAUGUGACCAAUUGGAACGAGAUGGCAUAUGGGAAUUAUCUGUUCGUCUACUGUGGCGCCUUGACGAGGAUUUGUUUUCUUUUAGGCGUUGGGUUGGGGGGCCCGAAGAAGACCAAAAGCAAGAGCAGGAAGUCCGUCAGAAUCAGCGAACCGGUCUCCCCUACCACACCGACACCUAAUAAGACUCCAGCCCAGAGCACGAGGAGGAGGAAGAACAGGUCUUCCUGA